CGCGAAGGGAAACAAACAUGGCGGCGAGCACAAAUUGGAAGGAGUUUGUUUUGAGUCAAAUUCAGCGUCGUAACCAUAAACAGACCUAUCCAUUUACAAGUCUUAUUCAGACAAGUUAGUUUUCAGAAUAUCAGUUUUGUUAAGUUUUCUAUAAGAAGUGAUUUACAAUUUUUUUUUUAAAUUGACUAAUUAAACUGAAAGAAAAGUUGAGUGACGAAGUCGAAAGUAAGAAAAGAAAGAAGAAUCAAAAAGAGGAGGAAGCCAAUUAAUUUUUUUAACACUUAAGAGUAAAGUUGCUUAAGUCUAAAGUAUGUCCUAUCUCAUUUAACGUUUAAGCCUUGGUCCCCAAGAUUUAAAUAUACAUAAAUUCGGUGUUUUAUGUUUUUUUAGAAAUGGUAAAAUCAUUAAAUAUUAAAAUCAUCAUGAAUGACUCUGAUUCAGAAUCACUGAAUGAGUCAUCAUCAUGAAUGGAUGAGUAGAACUAUUUCUUAUUUACUUAGCCAAUCAAUGACAGAAAAUUAGUGCAUAAUUAAUGAACAUUAGCCUUAAAAAUUUAUUAUUUAAAUUUAAUCUCAGCUAUUACUUGACACUUCGGUAGUGCCCAGGAACAGAAAAUCUGGUAUCGUGAUUUUGUUGUAAAAAAUACACAAUACACUUUUAAAAUGUACUGAGAGUAUGGUUGUUUACCUAUUACGGUCCAUUAUUGAUUAAAUAAUGCAUUCUAUAUCUACCCAUUACUUAAAGCUCACAUAUUGAUUGUUCAACUGAGAAUGAGAAUUUAUUAAUUUUUUUGUUUGUUUUAGGUUGGUUUAAGCUUUGAAAAUUGAAGUUAAUUAUAGGUUAACUUUACUGACCAAUAUAUUAAAAAAAUAACUGCACAUUGGUAAAAAAAAAAAAACUUUCUUAAAUUCAUUCUGUCCUCUGUAACAUAUCCAAAAUUCAUGAGUGUAGUCCGUAGUCAUAAGUAAGGGGGUCAAAAAAUAAAAAAAAACCAUAAAGGUAAUUAUUUUAGGCUAUGUAACUUGUAAUCACGGUGAUAAUGCUUGUCGGCAUAUGACCCAUUAUUAAUAGCAUCCAUGGGGUAGCUAAUAGUUCAUUCAAUUGGUUAUCCAGAAUAUAAAUGGGAAAGAUAACAUAAUUAAUAAAUGAUUUUAAAUAAAUAAAAAAUAUUUUAUAACAUAAAUAAUUAUUAUUCACUUAUCAAAUAGCCUGCUGUCAGUGGUAUUAAUUUUGAGAUUAGUUGCAAUGGUCAUGGGAUUUAUAACCAUUCGUCUUUGACAUAGAUAGGCCUAUUAAAAGUAUUAUAUUAUUUAUUAUAAAAGAGUAGGCAUAAUGUAGGUUACCUACAUAAUAACAUUAAGCUAAUGUUAACUUUUUUUUAUAUAAAUCAUUUUAUAAAUACAAAUAAUUACUUGCAUUUUUAAUUAAUAAGUUGCAACAGCAUACCAAAUACGAGCUUUGUAUUUUAAACAUUGAAAAAGUAAUGUGUAGUCCACUAAAAAAAUGCGCAGCUUAUUGAAUUUAAGUAGGAAAAAAUUAGAUCUUAUGUUUAAAAUAAUUAUUGAAAUAAGAAAAUGCUAUUCUGAAGCAUACUUUCAACUUUCAAUCUUUAAUAUAUAAUAUUAUUAACAAUCCUGUAAAUAUGACAUUUUUGUUGAGAUAUAUGCAAGAAAUAUAGUUGAAAAAUGUGACACAAAAUGGGGAGGAAAACUCAAAAGUCAAAAAUGUGUAUUGAGGUUAGCACUAAAAAGGUUAAGCUAGAAAGUUGAUCUUGGUGUUUUUGUAAACUAUUCAAUUGGCUUUACUCGACUGUAUUACAUUUAUAUUUUUUGAAAUAUCUUAAAAAUUUCACCAAAGUACCUAUUACACAUUUAUACAGUUUGACUUAAAAUUCUUUCAAAACAAAAGAUGAAUAUCCAAAUGAAAAAAUCAAUGUACAUAAGUAUUAUAUAACAUCUUUGUAGGCUAAUGGAUAACAUUGAUUCUUUUUCCAGAUAAUCGUCUUCAAGAAAUUGCAGCAUCUUUGCAAUCUAAAAAUGUACAUUUACAAGUUGAAGUAGAAAAAUUGAAAGAGGAAACCCUAACAUCACAUCCGCGGGGAGAUGGCCAGUGAGUUGUUAAUAUUUUAAAAAUAAAAUUACUUUUUAUAUAUCUUUAUUUUCACUCUCAUACUGUUUUGAAGAUAAGUUGGGGGGGGGGGGGGGGGGGGUAUAGAAAAAUAAUGAAUACUUCUAUCACAUAAGAUCUUUUUAAAAUCUUUCUUGGCUAUCAGACCUGUUUACCCACAAACUCUAAAAAUUGUACAAUAUCAUCACUUAUCACAAAAUCGUUCAAUACAUUAUCUUAAUGGUAAAAAAAAUAAACAUACAGUAUAUAUAUAAUGUAUACACCUCAAAAUUGUACAUUGUACGCCAAAAUCGUAUGAGUCAACAGGUCUGGGCUAUAGACUUUUUGCCUUUUGUGUCUGGGCUCCCUAUAGUCGAUUACUUAUAGAUUAAAUAAUUUAGCUUCAUUUCUCAAUUACAACUAUUGUUCAUAAUUAAUACCUACUUUUGGCAGCCCUUACGCUGAAACACUCCGGAGAUGUUAACAAGAAGUUCACUAGCUAAAGGGAAGAUCAGAAUGAAGAUUAUUUUUCAAUAUGCAGCAAUCUUAUCUCAUCAUCAUCAGUGGAGCUACAGCCCAUGUAUUCUUCCAUUCGGAACAAUCCAUGGCUUUCCGCCUCCAUGCGCGAACCCCCAACUGGUUUAAAUGCCUUAUCUACUUCGUCAAUCCAUCUCAGCCAUGGACGACCAGUGAUUGUCUGUCCCUAGGUUUCUGCCUGUAUAUCACUUUUGCUGCUCUACAUUCGAGCAUCCUUUCAAUAUGUCCUGCCCAGCGCAGUCUGCCUUUUUUUAUUUUUGCGACUGUGGGUGGGUCUUUAUAUAAUUGGUAAAGCUCUUGGUUUUUACGGAUUCUCCUAAUAUCAUUUUCCAUUAUUCCUCUCCAAUGUAUUGAGCAAGUUCUCUGCUUUUCUGGUAAGGGUCCAAGUCACACUAGCGUAAGUUACUACUGGUCUUAUGUUAGUGGUGUAUGUUGUCUUCUUUGUUCCCCUAGAGAGGUUUUUGUUUCCCAGUAGCUUUUGUAGGCUGAAAUAGGAAUGGUUGCCUGGUGUUAUCCUUUCUUUCGCCUCUGACAUUAUUUCAUUGUCCUCAUUUAUAGUUGCCCCUAGAUAUUUGAAUGUAGCCACUAUCUCAAAUUUGUGGCUGUUUAUUUUGAUGUUGUCAUCAGUGUGGGAGUUUUGUGACAUUAUCAUAUAUUUUGUCUUUGGUUCAUUUACAUCAAGACCAGCUUUGAAUGAGGCAUUUAAGUUCCCUGAAUGCUUUAAUUAUGUCAUUACUGUUUCUACCCAGUAGAGGUAUAUUGUCUGCAUAUGCCAGGUACUGAAAUGGCUGGCUAUAUAAGGUUCCUGAUGGUUGAUGUUAUGUAAUAUCUCUCUGGAAGUAUCUUGUUAUGGUUCCACUGGUGCUCACGUGUAUGCCUCUAAUAACUUUUUUCAGCGUGAUGUUAAACAGGAUACAUGAUAGUGAAUCACCUUGUCUGAGGCCCUGAUUAACUGGGAACUCACUUGAGUAUUCUCCCUGACCUUGAUUCUACUUUUGGAGUUAGCCAUCGUCAUAUGCAUGAGCAGAGUAAGCUUAUUAGGGACACCGAGUUCUUGUAGAGCGUUGUAUAAGUAAUUCCUGUCCACACUAUUGUAUGCUGUUGUGUAAUCCACAUAUAUUUGGUGUAUGUCGAUGUUACCAAUUCGUAACAUUUCUCCAGGAGACAUCUUAUAGUAAAAAUAUGAUCCGUGGUUAACCUAUUCUGCGGGAAUCCGCAAUGGUAGUCCCCUAGAAUUUUUUUACGAUAUUUAUCCAGUUUUCUCGCUAUAAGUUUUGUGAGGAUUUUGUACAUCACAUUAAGGAGGGAGAUUCUUUGUUGUGAAUUGGGAUUUUGAGUGCAGUGUCCGAUUCUAAUGGCAUUUCUUCCUCCUGCCUGAUUCUAGAUAUGAGGUCGUGGAUUUGCCUAUGCAGUUUGUUAACACCUAGCUUUAUCAGUUCUGCAGUGAUAAGGUCUACUCCUGGGGCUUUGUUAUUUUUCACGGUGAAGAUCACAUCUCUUAUUUCAUUGAAUGUUGGUUUGCUGACCAGUGGGUCCGGUCCUCCUUUUGGCGGAGCGUAAUCCUCAUUGGUUGCUCCACCUGAGCCAUUCAGUAAGCCUUCAAAGAGUUGCGCCCAUCUCUCUAGUACUCUACUGCUCUCUGUGAUCAAUUCUCCUCCUGUACUUUCACAAGCAAUCCUUUCUGCUGAUGCAAAUACACAAAUGGGUUUCCUUGAUAGUUACUCAUAAAGAAAAUUUUGAUGAUUUAAAAUUGUGAGCAAAAAUGGUAGAAUUUUUUUAGGUUGCAGAAUGUUUUUUUUUUUAAAUUUUUUUUUUUUUUUUAGGUAUUUGAGUAUAUUUUUAUUGAACGAAGUGUCUGGGGUAGAGUUAGUUUUUAUAGAUUUUUGUUUAAGGUGAUAUUCCAUUUUGUGAAUCUCUUUUAAUUUACUGACAUCUCUGACAUACACAUGACUUAACAUCAUAACAUGGUGCGUCAUAUUCUGCCUUCAGUUCUGCAGCAGCUGAUUGUGAUGCAUGAUUGGUACAUAGAGGUCCUCUGUUCUUGUCUGACUAGUCCAGAGACACCUUGUGUAGCGAUUUGAUGUGAAGAAAGUUGUACCUAUUUCCCCAGGGUUGGCAGCACCCACCAGGUGGAACAAAAGUUGUUCAAAGUUCAAGAAGAGCUGACAGAACUUCUCAAGAAGAGAGGAGAGGUUUGUCUUUACAUUGAUGAGGUGUCCUUUUUCAUUUCAUGAGUUCCUAAAAUUCCUACUUCAUCUCAACAAAGAACAAUCUGUCCAGGUCAGAGAAUAUAGAGGGAUUGUAGUGAGGUUGUGGGGCUCAGGUCAGGACCUUGAAGCAUGGAACCACCAAUGUAAAUAAUUUGGAAAACAUGAAUAAUCAUUAGCGGAGGGAUCUGUGUUUCACUCGUGAGUGUUUUCAAAAACAGGGCAAAGUUGAAACUUGUGUUUCUAAAGGUUGAAUUUGUAUUCUUGAAAUUUGAUUUUGGGCGUUAGCACAAGAUGGCAGGAACAGUGAUUUAGUAACAAUUUAACCAUUAAUUUUAUGACAUAAAUGUUUUUAUAUUAAAAAAAAUUCUUAAUUAACAUUUUAUUUUAUGUGAUAAGUCACAAGUUAAUUUUCUAAGCUACACCUUUCUUUCAUUUAUUCAAUUAAUUAAUUAGAAGUCAAUUUUUUCAAUUUUGAAAUACAUUUUCAAUUUUGUAGGGGGUGCAAGACUUAGUCAAACAAUUUUUAUGGAGCUUGGGACAAGUAAAAAAAAAUUCAUAGGGCGUGGGCACUAAAGAAAAUGUUGAAAAACACUGGUGUUAUUUAUGUGUAAUUGUUUAUUAAAUGAAGAGAUCAUUAGGGAAGAUAAAACUUUAAAUUUUGUUGCAACUGAUCAAAAAGUCUUCAUUUAAUCGCAAUGUUUCAUAGAAACAAAGUUACAAAAUAUUCAUAGUUAAUUGCUUUCCACACAGAAUGCACAACAAAUCAUUGAUCUCAAUGCCUUGCUGCAAGACAAAGAAAAAGAGAUUCAGCACAAAGAUAGCAUGUAAGUACCUGAGAGAGGCUACCUCAAAACUAUGCAGUUGAAUUACUUAUACUGAAACACUGGCAGAGAGGUUCUUAAUUGUAAAUAGUAAAAAAAAUGAAUGUGGAAUGGCUUUGUUAUAAGAGCAAUAAAAUUUAACUUCUUUUCACUUGUUUUGUGAAGUUGUAAUUUUUUAUUUGCUAAUAUUUUUGCUUUGGACCGUUUUGGCAUUCAUUAUGGUCCAGCACACUAGGAAUAUGUUAUUUUGGCUCUUGUAUAGUAUCUAAGUAAUAUUCUAACAGAUAUUAGGCCUCGUUCUAGCAGUAGACUGUAUGUUCCAUUUUAGACACUGGAUACUUCCAUCAAUGCUAAAUAUUUGAGGGCCAUUCCACACUCUUUUUUAAAUUUAAAAAAAAAAAAUUAUAAAGCAAUCACAACAAAAUAUUCCUCCACAUGUUCAAGAUUUUUCUUAUAUUCAUGUGGCAUCAACAAAUUACUAAAAACAUUUUGGUAUUUUUUUUUUUGCAUCUUAGGAUUUCAGAUAUGCGAGAUAAUAAUUUAGCAUUGAAACAGUCCAAAAGAAGCUUGGAGAUGGCUAUAGCUGAACUUGAAGCAACAAAUCAAAUGUUGAAAGAUGAACACCAGGCCCUGCAGGUUCGUCACUUGUAAAUAUAAUAAAUCACAAGGUGAAGAUGAUUGCUUUAAGGUGCAGAGAAUUCUACUGUAAAGAAUUCUGUAAAGGUUGAUGUUUUAAAAAGAAAUUGAUUUUCAUCUCUCAACCCUAAGGUCAUUCAUUAUAUCUGAAGGGUUGGUAAUAUUUAUUUUCAUUGCUGAAUAUUCUAAAUUGUAUGUCUUUUGGCUUAGUUCGGGAAUUAUUUUCCAUUGCUUAUUACUGGUCUGGGAAAUGCUACAGAGAUAAUAUUUGGUACCAAGUUUUGUCCAAAAGGAGCUUUUAAUCUAUCAAACUUUGGUGGGCUCUCACUAAUGUAAGCUAGUAUGUGGACAUUUUGAAAUUCAGAAGCACAAAAAAAGUGCAGCAUAAGAGUUAUAGUUGAAAUCGAUGCAUUAAACAAAAGUAGGCAGGUAUGCAACUGUGUGGACAAAGUCAUAAUUGUUCAUCUGAAUGAAGAGACAAAGCUGAUUUCAAAUGAUGAUAUGAUGGUCACUGUAAUACACUUCAUAUUUAUUGACUGUGUUGUUACAGAUGGCCUUCACUGCACUGGAAGAGAAGUACAGGAAAACCCAAGAAGACAACAGUGAGCUCAUAGCCCGCUGGAUGGAGCAGAAAGCCAAAGAUGCUGACAGGAUGAAUGCAGAGAAUGCAGACUUUAUCAAGUGACUAUUACUAGAAUCAUUCAAUGCUUUCCAGUUUUUCAUCUGUUUCUGUACACACACUGAUUUGUGUGUCAGCCACCUUGUUGCUAGCCGGCAGCAAUGUGUAUUGUAAUAUAUUGUAAUAUUAUACAAAUCUAUUUAUUUGACAUGGCUCUCUAACUACAAGGAUCAUGGAAAUUAUCAGACUUACUAACACAACAAUUUUACUUGUGGAGAUAGCAAAUAGUUAUACUCCACAUUAUACAUUCUUAACCAUGAUAAAACAAACAAAAAAAUGUCUGCACGCCCAAAACUCCAUAAGUUUUAAUUUGUUGGAAGUUACAUUAAUAUACUAAAGUUAUUUGCAAGUAGGCCUUAGAGUGCCACUGCCAACAAUCAUCUGGUGUCCUGCAAUGUACCACAAUGUAUGUUACGUGUCCUGUUUAUCUGGUCCCUAUAAUGUUAUGUAGCUCAACCAUCACACAUUCUUACUGAUCUUGUCUUUGGCCCUGCAGAUUAAGGCAGCAGAGACUGGCCCAAGAUUUAGAGGAGGCUGCCAAAGAACAAGUUCCUGUAGAUGCCAAGUGAGUAUCAACCAAGCGUUUUAUACUACAGGGUGUUGUUGUGUUCAAAUGCAAUGCUUCUCAAACUUUUCAGUGUCACUGACCUGAAGGAAUUAUUUACACUAAGAAACCCUGAUGUCAAAUUUUGUGAUGAUUCUUCUUAAUUUUUUUUCUUUAGAGAAAUACUUUAUUAAUCAUUUUUCAGUCUUUAAAAAUUAUCAUUUUACUAGCUCCGUAAAACACACACAAAAAUUGUAAUAUAGUAAGUAAAUAAUUUAAAAAUAAUUUUUAAUUUCCUAUUUCCACUAGUAAAGCUUAAUGGGUUAUUUACACAUGCUGUGCUUUUUCCCUUCCUAUAAGACUAACUGUAUUGUUGUUUAUUGUUUUACAGCAAAGUAGAUUUUGAUGGCUUUGUCCCAGCAGUUUGUGUGGCUGCCUCAGUGCCUUCUAGAGCCCAGGUUAUAUUUGUAAGUUGCAUUUUUGUAUUACAUAAUAGCAGACGGCUCCCUAGCACUAGUGCAGAAGAGGGAUGUGCUGGGAAUCACUUCUCAAAAAGUGCAUCUCCAUUGUUGAAUUUCUUUUAAAAGUGUUUACGAUGAUUUAGAAUUUGGGAUGUUAAUAUUCUUGUUGUUCAGCGAACCAAGUUUUAGAAAUCUGAUUUUCCAUUUUUUUUAUAAUGCAUUCCAAAAGUUAUUUUUCCAACCAUUUCUUUCAGGGAGGUCAUAGAAAUACGCAUAGAAAUUAAAUGUAUCCUUACUGUAGUAAUGUGAUGCUAUUUGUCAUAAGUGGUAAGAUGUUUGUAAUUGGGAAGGAUGUUGUGAAAUGUUUUUUUGUUAUUUGUGUUUCUGAGAUUGUGUAAGGUGGCAAAAAAGCAUUUGCCUGGAUCGGGGUGGUCCAAGGAAAGAGUUUAAUGAGAUGACGCUUGUUGUUUGUGUUCCUUCUGGAAUUCUCUGAGACACAACUUACCCAUCAUUAAAUAGAAGAUGGACACACCAUGGUGCGGCCCUUGCAGGGCCGCACGGCGCUGCUACUGAAUGUCCAUUCAGACAUGUGUCUGCUCUUACAAAAGCCAUAGGUAUUUUACAGACAAUAAGAUGCUAUGGACUAUAAGACGCACCUUAAUUUUUAAGCAGUUUAAAAAAAACUAAACAUUUUUAUAAUUUUUAUAUUAAUGUCAAGUAUAAGACACACCUGAAUUUUGGAGGCAAUUUUUUGAAGAAAAAAGUUCAUCUUAUGGUCCGUAAAAUACGGUUUACCCUGAUGUCCCCUGAUAUUGUUUUUCCCAGAGUGCUUUCAAGGGUUCUCAUGUUUUCACAUUGCCUCACCGACAUCCUGUUAGAGUAUCUGCUAGUCAGAUAAUAAGAUGAUUUGAAUGUUCAUCCAUUUUUGGAACUGGCAGUAAUUGUUAAUGAAGAUAUUCACAGCUAGCUCAGCUUGAUUCCACACAGAGUUCCCUAGUAUAAGAUAUUUAAUAGGCAAAGGAAGAUUUGAGAAAAAUAAUAUAGGCUAAAUGCUUAUUUUUUAAAUAAAAAUUAUGGGAUUUUAAAAAUUUUCAGAUUAUCACAUAACAUACUUUGAUUGAAACAUAUAUUUGGUAGAUGGAUAGAAUACCUGGUUGAAUCAUGAUCUGUUUGCAUACGUCAGUCAGAAAAGAAGUUGAUUUUAAAUAGUAACCUAUUGAAUGGUUUCAAACAGUUUGUCCCCACAUGGUUUUAGUGGAUGUCCACACAUGGUUUUAGUGGAUGCCCCAACAUGGUUUUAGGGAUGUCCACACAUGGUUUUAGUGGAUGCCCAAACAUGGUUUUAGUGGAUUCCACACAUGGUUUUAGUGGAUGCCCACACAUGGUUUUAUUGGAUUCCACACAUGGUUUUAGUGGAUGCCCACAUAUGGUUUAAGUGGAUGCCCACAUAUGGUUUUAGUGGAUGCCCACAUAUGGUUUUAGUGGAUGUCCACACAUGGUUUUAGUGGAUGUCCACACAUGGUUUUAGUGGAUUCCACACAUGGUUUUAGUGGAUACCCACACAUGGUUUUAGUGGAUGCCCACAUAUGGUUUUAGUGGAUUCCACACAUGGUUUUAGUGGAUUCCACACAUGGUUUUAGUGGAUGUCCACACAUGGUUUUAGUGGAUGCCCCACACAUGGUUUUAGUGGAUGUCCACACAUGGUUUUAGUGGAUGUCCACACAUGGUUUUAGUGGAUGCCCACAUAUGGUUUUAGUGGAUGUCCACACAUGGUUUUAGUGGAUGCCCAGACAUGGUGAUGUCCACACAUGGUUUUAGUGGAUGUCCACACAUGGUUUAAGUGGAUGUCCACACAUGGUUUAAGUGGAUGCCCAGACAUGGUGAUGUCCACACAUGGUUUUAGGGGAUGUCCACACAUGGUUUUAGAGGAAGCCCACUCAUGGUUUUAGUGGAUGUCCACACAUGGUUUUAGUGGAUGUCCACACAUGGUUUUAGUGGAUGUCCACACAUGGUUUAUGGGGAUGCCCCCACAAAGAGUAAAGACUUCUAAUCAAUCUAUGCCACACUUUUGCUUCUCUAUGUUGUAAUGCUUCACAUCUGAUCGUUUUGCAGGAGGCCCAUGAAGGUGAAGUCUAUGCUGUACAGUGGAAUGCAAUGGGCAACUCUUUCUCCACAGGUGGUGCUGAUAGAAAAAUCAAAAUUUGGGAGUAUCAUAAUGGUGAGCUCUAAUUUUUAACUAUUGUAAACUUUGCUGUAGAUGAUUGUAUGAAAACAAGCACUGGUGUGUAAUAAACAAAACAAAACAUGCCUACAGUCCAGUGCAGAUAUUUAACAUGUUUAAAAUAGAAUAGAAAGCAAGGUGGAAUACAAUUUCAAAGCAAGACAGCAUCUGUGGGUUGUAUGUUUGAAGUUUGUGUAAUGAAUUCUAUGCUUUAUAACAGCGUUCCCCAAACGGUGGUCCGUGGACCGGCAAGCCUUACGUUACCGGUCCAGAGAGCAUGAAUAUUGAUGUUUAAAUUGAAAGAAAAUGUCAUUAAUAAACCUGGCACCGGUCCCUGGUGCCGUUUGGAAACUUGUCCACCGGUCCGUGAAACUUAAAAGUUUGGAAAACGCUGCUUUAUAAGACCCGGUUUUCUGUUUCCUGAGAUGUUUUAAUUGAUUUUUGUUUCCAUUUUGUUUUAGCUGCAUGUGAGUGUCGGGGAACACUGGUGGGAAGCAAUGCUGGUAUCACGUCAUUAGAUUAUAGUCAAGAUGUAAGCAUUUUAUACACCUUGUCCAAUUUAUCUGAACUAUAAUACUGGUUUAUAUUCAUUGAUAUUAAUUUUUUUAAACUCACAAUUUUAAAAUAAUAUUAACUAUUUAUAUCCAUUUAUAUACUAAUACUGCUACCAAUUUACAUCAACUGACAGUAAUUUACAUUAGUUUAAAUUUAAAAAAAACAAUAUAUGAAAACAGAAAUAAGUUGAACACUAUUAUUAAUAGGUCUUAGCUUGAAAUGUUAAUCCCCAGGAUACGAUGGUAGUUGGUGCUUCAAAUGACUUUGCCAGUAGAAUAUGGACUGUCAAUGACCAACGACUGAGGGUAAGGAAAUAUUAAUGCAGGAAGGCAGUUUAAAAAAAAAAGAAAUUUCAGGUGGUUUUUAAAAAAAUAAAAAUAAAAUAUUGUCAUUAGUAAUGUACAACGAUCAUCCAGUCCUAACUUUCAUGAGACGAAUGGGUUUUUAAAAAAAAGAAAUGAAAGACACUUUUACCCUACUUAUAUAAAAAAUAUAACAAAUUUAAGAAGCAUGCUAUAGAGAAAACUUUUGAUUAGGCUGAUCGAGUCAAUCAAAUUAUCCACUGAAAGUCAUUUCAUGUUGGUAGCUAUGAGAACUGAACCCAUAUAAUCUCCUUCCUGUCACUGUGCAGCACACACUGACGGGGCACAGCGGCAAAGUCAUGUCUGCAAAGUUCUUGAGUGAAGGCAAAGUCAUCUCGGGGAGCCAUGACAGGACUCUAAAAGUCUGGGAUUUACACAGCAAGUCAUGUAAGACUCAUUAAUGACUCGUUUUUGUGUAGUAUUUUUGUUAUCAGUGCUACAAUGAAUGGUUAGAAGCAGCUUAGAAUUGUAAAAAAUUAAUCUAUAAACCAAAGAAAACUGCAGUUUUUUUAAAAAGUAAGAUUUAAAUCUACAGACUGCAAGAUAGGUGAAGCCAUAUUUAAUAAGACAAUAUACACAAUUUAACAUAUUGGCUACAAGCCUUCAUCAGUUGACAUGGUAUUAAUAAAGAUACCUGGAUUAAAUUGUAAAACAAAACAUAUUGAAGAAAUAGAAAAGGAAUAAAAGAUCUGUCCCCAUUCCCCCUUGCCUAAUGAAAGCAGGGAUGUAGAGUAAAUAGCAUCCACAGGAAAUAAUGUAGUUAUAUAAAGGUAUGGAUUUGAUAGAUGUGUUUUUAAUGAAAGCAAAAGUAGAGUAAAUAGCAUCCACAGGAAAUAAUGAAGUUAUAUAAAGGUAUGGAUUUGACAGAUGUGUUUUUAAUGAAGAUUAAAAAUUAUAGACUUCACUUCAAUCCUUUAUAGAAACAAAAGAAACUGCUUAAAACAUUUUUUUAAAAGAAUUAUCUUGUCUAUAUCCAAUGUUAUUGACUAGCAGAGGAGCAGUGCUUGAAGAUGUAUGUUGCAUUCAUGUUGUUGUUAUAGACACUAUCACUUUAUAGCAAGCAAUUAUUACUUUUUUUAUUCAUAUCUUUAUAUUUUCUUUCCAGGUGUGAAAACGAUAUUUGCAGGCAGUAGUUGCAACGACCUUGUCACUCUUUACGGUUCCAGCAUUAUCAGCGGACACUUUGACAAACGAAUUCGCUUUUGGGACAUUAGGUCACAGACAGACACUAGCAUAAAUGAAAUAAUUUUACAAGGCAGGCUUACUUCCCUUUGCUUAGCUCCAGGUAGGAGAGUCUAUCCCAUGGCACAGUUUAGUAAUAAAUCAAUAAAGAUGUUAUCCAAAUGGUAUACUAUUUGAAGCAAACAUAAUGAUAACUUUUGCUGAUAAGUUAACAGUUUUAAUGGCUGAAAACAUUUAUUCUUGUUGAAAGAAGGGUAUGUUAUUUUGGAAUGGUGGUUUCCAUAAAAUUAUUUUUUUACAGAGCCACAUAUUUAAAUUUAAAAAUAAAUUGGUGCCACCCUCCUCUAUUAAAAAUUAAAUUGUGGAUUGUUCACAUUUUUUUGGUUAAAAUAUGAUUGAUAACUUCUACGUCUCAGACAAAACUCAGCUGUUAUGCUGCGCUAGAGAUGACUGUUUAAAGAUUAUAGACCUCAGGAUGAAUCAAGUCUCGUGUACUUUAACGUAAGCAUCUUGUCAAGUUGGAGAAGGCUUGUUUUGUAAGAUGUUCAUUUCAUUUUGUACAUUUUGACGGCUGGGACUAGGGUGGGACAUUUUUAACACAAGCUUCAGAAUAAGACUCCAAGGUCUCAAGGAAAUUAUUGCACAUUUUUUAAAUUUUAGACUUAUUCAUCUUACCUAAGAAGAAUGAGUUUGAACUAAUUUUAGUUUAUUACUUAAUGAUAAUAAAGGUAUUUGCUUUGAUCUGUUAACAACUAUGCAGUCAGUUAAUGAAAUAUUUUUUGAGGUUAAAAAAAAGUUAUAGUGGUCACUACAAACAUAUUCUCUAACUUCCAACUGGUAUCAGAAGGGAAGUAAUCUGGUAUCAGAAGGGAAGUAAUCUGGUAUCAGAAGGGAAGUAAUCUGGUAUCAGAAGGGAAGUAAUCUGGUAUCAGAAGGGAAGUAAUCUGGUAUCAGAAGGGAAGUAAUCUAAUUCAUGUUUUUCUGUCUUGACUUUCUGGUUGAUUAAUUUUGUUUUCUUUCUGUGAUAUUAAAUCAUUUUUGCACUGUACCAUAUUUGCAGUAGGAUGACCUGGUUAAGGGCUGGAUGAACUUUUCUGCAAACGCAUUUUUUUCCCGAUUUACGUAGCUUAAAAAUAAUCGUGUUUAAAAUGUUGCUCUAGUUUUUGUGCUCAGGAUGAACUCUUCACAUUAGUUUAACAAAGGCUCUCCCAAUGCUUAAAAUACAUUCAAUAAUAAAUCACUCUCCACAAUUUCAAUUGGCAUGUGAGACGAGUUUUGGGAUCAAAGAUAAAGUUCAUGUUGAAAACACACUGCACAAGGCUUACCACCCCAUACCUAGGUCACUUACAUCCCCUAGCUUAUUUUGAAAUGGUUACGAGUUUACUUUGUUUUACUGACUCUUUUAUUGUAUCGUGUUAGUUCUUUAAAAAAAAUAAAAGCUUAAAUCUAUUCUGGUUUCUUCUAUCAGUGCAGAUGGUUUCAAAGUUGGCUGUGAUUGGUCAAGGGCAGUGUUCAGGUUUGUACCACAUGACUACAUAAAGUAUCAUCUGUUUUCAUGAACCUUUGUCCACGACGAUAGAUUAAAAGACAUACAACCAUUUUGUGUAGGUUACCAGUGUGGUUAACAUCAUACAAUAUACAUUUUUGGGGCUAGAUGCCUUCGUUACUUAAAAGAACCAAGUACAUUAAUUUAAAUUUAAUGCAAUAGAGAAAUAAGAAACAGACACCGGGUAAAUUUUAAAAUUAAAUUGCUAUCCCUCCUGCUCUCUUACACGAGCCCCCCCCCCCCCCCCCCUUUUUUUUUUUCAGUUUUGACAUUGCACAGGAUCCUAAUUGAAAAUUUGUGGUACCGGUAUAAUUUCUUGACUUUUUGUCCACAGCCCUGAUGUGGAAUAUGCUGCUGCAGGCUCCGGUGAUGGCCAUGUAUAUGUGUGGAACAUCAAUAAAGUUAAAGUUGAGAAAGUAUUAAAGGAGCAUAGGUAGGUCAUGACUGCCUUAUGUCAGAUUAAUGAUGUCCAGUUUCAGGUCAAUGUCCCAUGAAAGGUCAAAGUCUCAGGUUGGUGCCCCAUGACAGGACAAUGUCUCUUGUCCAGUCAGUGAGGUCAAUGUUCCCUGUCAGGUCAACAUCCCAUAUCAGGUUAAUGUCUCAUGUCUGGUUAAUGUCCCUUGUCAGUUCUAUGUUUUAUGUCAGGUUAAUGUCUCAUUAGGUCAAUGUCCCAUGUUAGGUCAAUGUCCCAUGUUAGGUCAAUGUCCCAUGUUAGAUCAAUGUCCCAUCUUAGGUCAGUGUCCCAUGUUAGGUCCAUGUCUCAUGCCAUAUUACUGUCUUAUGUCUGGUUAAUGAGUCAUGUCAGGUUAAUGUCAGGUCAACAUCCCAUCUCAACAACCAUUUCCUUUGUUUUUGAGACAUUCAGUUGGCGAAAAUUUUCAUCACACCAAUUGAUAAAGCUUGUAACUAAGUUGCGGUAUAAGCCUUCUCCUUCAGAUAUUAAGCAAACGAUGGUGGUAUCAUCAGCAAAUUUUAAGAUAGGAACGGUGUCGCUUGAGCUUUGAAUAUCAUUGGUAUAUAUUGUAUACAGUAAAGGGGAGAGAACGCAGCCUUGUGGUGCCCCGGUGCUUAUAUCUCUUGUUAGAGAUAAUUGGUCAUUUACCUUGACAUAUUGUGGUCGAUUUGUUAAAAAGUUCAGUAUCCAAGCCUGAAUAGUUCAAUUUACACCUGAGGAAAGUUUCUUUAUCAUAAGGUGUGGUUGGAUAGUGUUAAAUGCUGAUGAGAAUUCUAAGAAUAGCUCUCUGGCAUAUUUUUUUGGACUGUCUAGGUGAUAGCAAAGUCUCUCCAACAAUAGUAAUAUAGCAUCCUCCGUACUUCUGGCAGGUUUGUAAGCAAAUUGGUGGGAGUCAAGUUUUUGCUGUACUUAAUUCAAAAUUUAUCCUCUCAGAAUAAGUUUCUCAAAACAUUUCAUUACAACAGAGGUAAAUGCAACAGGUCCUAAGUCGUUGUUGCAAGUUACCUUAUUUUUCUUUGGAAUUGGUAUGAUUUCUGAAGUUUUCCAAAUCGUUGGUAUUGUGUGAGUUACAUAAGAUUUAUUAAAUAUGUAACAAAAAAUAAAGGAGAGCUGCUCUGAGCAUAGCUUAACGAGCCGACCACUUAAUUUUUCUGGCCCCGAGGCCUUGGCUGCGUCCACUUUGUUUAAAUAAUGACAUCACUUCCUGUUGGGUGAACAAUGAAGUAUCAUCCUGUGUACUACUGCCAUCUUUAAAUGAAUUUAUCAUCUCAUUGUGUACACUUCCAAAGUCCAGGCUGUCAAUAGGACAAUAAAAGUCAUUUAAGUUGUUUACAAAAUUCUUCACGUCCUCAACACUCAACCAUUCACGCUUAGGAGUAUAUCCUGUUAUUUGCCUUAGUCCUGCCCAACAAGCCUUUGAGUUGUUAGUAAGGAAUAAUUUUUCGAUUUUUUAAUUUGUGUUGUUUUUUAACUUGAUAUAUUUUUUCCUUUAAUGCUUUUUAUCUUUAAUGAAUUCCUGACCGUUAAUCUUAAACAUGGUCUUCUUGUGGUGGAUGGCAUGCUUUAUUUCUCUGCUCAUCCAGGGUUUUUUGUUGUUGAAUACUCUGAUUGUUUUUUGGGGAAUGAUUUCGUCUACACAGAACUUGAUAUAAGAAUUGACGGUGUUUGUUAGCUCGUCAAUGUCCGGGCAAGUGUUUAUAAACGUGUCCCAGUCUGUACUUUCCAAGCAGCCCUGAAGUUUUUCUGUCGCCUCAUCUGACCACAGGUCAAUAGUUUUUGUUUGAGUUUUUGUUGUUUUUAAAACUGGCUUGUAGCAAGGCUUAGGCGGACCAUUGUGUGUAGCAUGGCGUCAGGCGGACCAUUGUGUGGUCGGAUUCUCCUAGCGGAAAUAAACCAUGAGAUGUGUAGGCCUUUUUUAUGUUACCAUAGCACAUGUCUAGAGUUGGGUCUUGUCGCGUGGGGCAAGUAACAUACUGGGUGUAAGUUGGAAUGGAUUUAUCCAGUGAUAGUUGAUUUAAGUCCCCCAUAACAAGACGAACGGAGAGUCAGGGUUUUUUGUUUUGAAAUCAUGGAUUAGAUCCAAAAGUCUCUCGGCAGCCUGCUCCUUGUUAGCAUUAGGUGGAAUGUAAGUAAGGAUGAUACAGAUUUGGGUGAACUCCCCAGGCAGGUAAAAUGGCCUUAAAGUGAUGCAGAGUAGUUCUAUGUCAGGUGUACAAACUACAUGUUUCACUGUACUGUUGUUGAUGAUACAGUAGUUUUUGUUAAUAUAUAUUGCCAAUCCCCCUCCCUUGGAUUUGCCGCUGUUGGUUGUUCUAUCGGCACGGAAAAGGUUAAAUUUGUCCAAUGCCACUGCUGAAUCUGGUACCGUUUCAUUGAGCCAUGUUUCUGUCAGGCAUACUAAAGAGCUUUUGCGAAAUUGAUAGCAAAGCUUACAGCAACAAACCAGUUCAUCCAUCUUGUCACUCAGUGACCUGACAUUUCUCAAAAUAACAGGUGGAAGAAAGCCCUGCUGUCCUCUGUUUCUGAAUUUUACACGAAUGCCUCCCCUUCUGGCCCGCUUUCUUCGUCUCAGUCGUGAAUUGGUCGCCAUUUGUUGUUGACAUGGCGGAAGUUUACAAAAAUGGCAGAAGUGACAUUUUAUACUAGGCCGAGUAAUUUGAUAUCUAAAGUCCAUAUUAAAGAUUAAAGCUGUUUCCCACGAAGAGAAACACAAAAAACUCACAAGAAAAUAUUCCCUAGCACAUCCAUAGGUACUUGAGUAUUUUUAGGUGUAUCAAGACGACUGAAUUUUUAAUGUUUUGGUUACCUAUAUUUUUUGGGGGGGGGAAAAUAUAAAAAUCAUAAAACUUUUGUGAUAUCUGAUGGGUGUUUUAUUUCAAGUAUGUAUUUUCUGGUACUCAACAUGACUCACUCUAGCCAACUAGCUGCAAGCUAGAAAAAUAACUGAACUAUAUAAAACUUAUAGAUUAAAGUUGUAGUAGAAUAGUUAAUAAAAAAUGCAGAAAUAAUCUAAAAAAUGCUGUAUGAAAACAAUACAUCCAAGAAAUAAUCAACUAAAAUAUACAGCCUUGGUCAAAAUAGAAAAAGUAACAUAAUUUUCAUGUCUUUACGAAAAGAUCAAUGCAGUACCCAAUAUCAUUUUGUUGGUAUCUAGCUCUGUGUCCAGUUUCCAAACAUUUCAAUAGUGCUAACCAUAAUGGAAUAUUAGACAUCGCAGUUACUGGAAAAUUGUAUGCAAAUAAUACACCGGAUAGAAUUUAUAAGGAAAAUAAAUCAAUAACAAGAUUUUUUCCGUCAACUCCAUAUGGCAUAAACCAAAUUUACAAUUUGGCUUAGCUGCAAUGUCUUUUUCCUGUUUGGUUUUUUAAUUUUACUUCCACCCACUUUCUUUCCAUUCUUCUGGACUUUUUGGUUUUUCUCCGGGACUUGUGCCCACUCUUAUUCUUUUCAAUCAUUCUUAGGUAGGAUACAUGCAUGUAUUUUUAAGUAAAUUUAAUGUGUUCUUAUGUGAAUGGGUUUUUUUGGUGGUUUUUUUUUAUGUAUUCUUAUAUGAAUGUAUUUUUGUGUGUUUUUUGUACUGUUGAAGGCAUUUGCUGAAACGUUUACAUUUGUAGGCUGUACGAUCAUUAAUGAAGCUGAGCCUAUAUUGUUUUAUUUACACAAAUUAAUUUUUUGUGUCUAAUUAAUCUGGUAUCUAGUUCCUAUAUGUUACUAAACUGAAUGUUUCGUUGCCCACACUAUCUGUAUCUGGAGUCCAUAACUUUAAACUGAACCAGCAAGGCAGGAUGAGUUUAAAGGGGUCAUUGUAAUCAUCAUCAUCCCCAAUGUCAUCUGUGAAUUAGACAUCAGCACAUUCAAGUGGAAAAAUCGUCAGUGAAUAAUUUUGACAUUUUUUGCCAAGCAGUGACCCAUGUAGUUCAGUAAGGGAUGUUUUUCUUGUUUUUUUUUCCAGUCACUCCGUGAUUGCCUGCUCUUGGAACCCAACGGGGACAUCCAUAGUGAGCUGUGAGAAAGGCAAGAAGGUUGUGUUGUGGUCAGAUUACUGAUUGGCUUAUAAGUGGUGAGUCAUUUGUUUGUCAUGUCGCUAAUUGUAUUAAAUAAUGAAAAGGACACAACCCAUCAGUGCGUACAAGAAGAGGGAAAAAGUGAUGUUUGCAAUGUUUUGUGGUCAUGAUUAGAUGUAUGUUAAAGAGAACAAAAAGACAACGUACAAAUGUUGAUUUUUGUGUCUGUUGUUUUUGCCAAAGGGAUUUAUGAACAUUAUGAGCAAAAAGAUGUUUGGAGAUUUGAAUCUUGUGUUCCAGGUGUGAUGUGGAAGUGACCAGUUUAACCUUGCAAUGCUUUGAAUGACCGUACAUGCCGCUCUGCCACCACUGCUGUUCAAACUCUCAGUAUCACCUACCAUCAACCAGUAAGGACGUUUUGUUGAAAAUAUUUUUAAAAAUUUUUUUUACCAAUUAAUGACCUACCACGAUUAUUCUAACAAGACCAGGAACACAGAGAACCA